CCCAUCUGAGGUGAGACUCCUUGACACUCCCCGCUAUCCUCCGGUAAGGUCCUACAUGUCCUCCUAUGAAGUUAGUCGCUUUGUGCAGCGGUGCCAGAAGGAAAGGGAGGACGCCCUCCGCAGGGAGGAGUCAUCCAGGGACAAACUGAAGUGUCUUGAAGUCUCAUCACGCAGCCAGAUCCAGGAACUGAAGGCCAAACUAAAAGAGGUGACCAAUGAAAACAAAGCUCUGCAUAGAACAGUAAAGAAACUCCGGAUAGACUUGGGUCUGGAGGGGAGCCCCAAAUUCCGAGGCAAGAUGACCAAGGAUAUCAUCAAAGAACUGCAAGAGCAGGAGGACCAGUGUUCCCAAAUGAAGGAGGAAAACCAACUUCUCUCUGUGCAGCUCCGAGAGAUGGUACCGGUCAUUGUGCAGACACAGAAGCAGAAAGCCGAACUGCAGGCUCAGCUUGAGGGCAUGGAAAGCAAGAUUUGGGAUCUGUCAAACUUGAACACCCAGCUCUCCCAACUUCUGCAGGAGACCCAGAAAGAGAGAGAUGAUUUGGAGAAGGCAUAUCUCAUGUAUAGAAAAUCCAUAGAGGACACCAAAAAGAUUACAAGCAGGUCUGUACAGACCAUCACCUCCAUCCCUGUCAUUUUACAAAGCACCUAUAAGAGAGUUUCCAGAGAAUCUUCCAGCUCACAGGCAUCCCAAGUCCCCUCCGAAAAGAGAAAGGUUUCUCUGGAAAACAGUAACUCGGCCCCAAUCACUGCCGACAACAAACAAAAGACAUACCUGCAAAACGCACGCAACCAGUCCUGACGAACGGUGAUACAAAUUUGUGCUUAUUCGUGGAUAUCUCUCUCCUAAU